UUGAUAGCGUUUAUUUUCAGUUCUCCAACGUGAGCAGCAGCAGCAGGACAUCACUAACACGAUGUCAACAGAGAAAGAACAAGCGAAUAUCGGCAAAGUGCUCAGUUUUCUUCGAGAGUGGGACCGCGGUGACAGGACGGUCCGCAGCCGCAUGUUGAACACCUUCCUGACUCAAAACAAAGGGAAGACGUUUUAUGAGCUGGAGCUGCAGUUUGCACAGGUUGCCAGUCUCUUCCUGGCUCGACUCACCACCUGGAUGAGACUCACGUACAUGUUUGGGACAUUCUUGGGACUGCAGCUUAAAGCAAUUGGGAUUUUCCUCUCUGCAUCAAGCCAUGAUCAGUACCUGAUGGAGUUCCUGGAGGACGGAGGUGUGCUCACUCUCCUGGACAUCUUGAGCCACUCUCAGUGCGAAGAGCAGGAGAAGGCAGAGGCCCUCCGUCUUCUGCUCACCGUCUCAAAUGCUGGCCGCAAGUACAAAGAGGUUAUCUGUGAAAGCCAUGGUGUGAAGGCCAUCGCAGAGUGUCUGGCUAAGUCAAACACAGAUGAAGCUCAAGAGGCAGCAUGGGCCCUCCUGGAGUCCCUGUCACAUGGGAACCCCAAAUAUCAAAACCAAAUCUACAAAGGUCUGAUUGCUCUCAUGACGUGUUCCUCCCCUAAAGCCCAGCACCUGCUCCUGCACACCUUACACACUGUGCAGUCCAAAAUGAACACAGCCCACCACAGCAUCGUAGAGCCUCUGCUGACCAUGCUCAGGUCCCUGCACCUGGAGGUUCAGAAUGAAGCAAUAAAUCUGAUCUUAGUCCUGAAGUGUUAUGAUGUGAGGCCGAUGCUGCUCAGUGGACUGGUGGCUCUGCUAAGGCCUGCUAAAGAAGAAGUGCAGCAGCACCAUAAUAUGGAAGAGUGUGAGAUGAUGAAGAUGACUGGAUCUCUGCCUGUGUUUGUGCAACAAGCUGCAGCCGCUAAAACUAUACGCUUGCUGGCUGAGGACAGUCGGCAGGUUUCUGGUGAGCUUCUCUCUCUCGGAGUGAUCCAACAUCUUCUGUACGCUAUGGGCAACAGAGAACACGCUGAUGCCCAAAUACAAGCCAGCCUGGCCUUAGAGCACUUUGUGCGCUCAUACCCAGCUAUUGAGGAACACGUACAGAGAGUCAUCGGCAGCACACUGUUUGCUGCAUUUAUGCACCAAGCUGACACUUUGUACAUGAAUAUGGAUGAAACACAAGCAGAAAUCCUGCUAACUAACAAGGUUAAUAUAACUGAAGUUAUGGUUGAUGACAACUCUGAAGGCUGACAAGAAGGCAAACUCAUUUUAAUAAUGCAAAUACAUAAACACAAAUGUGUGUAAACGCUGCUUGUAUUUUAAAAAAGGACAAUAAUUUUUGGUAUACUCUAUGGGGAUAAUUUGUACAUCUUAAGGGUAUCAUUGUUAAUUGCAAGGAAAAUUAUAGCUGUUUCCUGGUUGCAAAAAGUGGAAAAAUGGCCAAAGAGAAUGAGUGUAGUAUACACAUAAUGAGAUUAUAGAAAAAUAUAUCAAGAUUAUCUAUCACCUUCUUCUUUUUUCUUUGAUUGGUAAUUGAAAAGUUGGAUGAGCUUUGUUGCCCAGAUGUGUUUGAGAUUGUAAGUGAUCAAUGUAUUAAUUUGAUACUAAAUACAAUAAUUUAUUUUAAUA